AUGAAGUUCAACACACCGCUACCACAGACGCUACCUAAAGAAUGCACUAAGGCAGCAAAAAUUUUUUCUUCAUUCGUGGACAACAAGAAUAAUGGUCUUGACGGUGUCAUUCCUCGGAGUGUGUUAGAGAACGCCAAGGGAUUCGCCAUCUUCACUGUUUUCAAAGCAGGCUUCCUCUUCUCGGCAAGAGCGGGAACAGGGAUCGUCAUAGCGAAGCUUGAUGACGGAUCAUGGUCUGCUCCAAGUGCUAUAGGCUCAGCUGGCGUAGGCGUUGGUGGACAGCUUGGUGCAGAGAUGACGGAUUUUCUGAUUAUCCUCAAUUCCACUUCGGUCGGUCUCCAUAGAUCCUUCAUGUCUGCUGGCAACCUCACUUUGGGAGGCAACAUAAGUGUUGCGGUGGGUCCUCUUGGGCGGAAUGGCGAAGCGAUCGGAUCCGUGAAUUCAAGCGGCAAGGUUGCUGCAAUGUACAGCUAUUCUAAAACGCGAGGCUUAUUUGGUGGAGUUUCCAUAGAGGGCUCUGUCAUCGUUGAACGUCAGGAUGCAAAUACAUUAGCAUACAAACAAGACGUGACUGCGAAAAUACUUCUCAGCGGAGCAAUCCCUUGUCCGGAAUGGGCUUCACCCCUUGUGAAGACACUCGAAUCGUGCACCGGUUUGCCAGGAACUCGGAAGUGGGUCGACGACGGAGCACGGGAACAGCCUGGUUACGCAUUUGCGACCCCAAAGAGUGAAAGCAGUACGCCUUCCUUCUUGAGCAGGAAGAAGAAAGGAGUUGAUUUUCCCCCGGAACACUGGGGAAAGAGAAGUGAAUCUGGAUCGUAUUUUGCUAGCGGGGGAGCGGACGUCGAUGUUGGCCCUACUCCGUGGGAUGUCUACGACCGUGUCCCACAGUCAGGGUCUGAUUUUGAUACAAAGUUUAAAUCUGACCCUGCACCUCCUUCGCAAAGUUACCACCGGUCUUUUAACAGUGUCUCUGCGCCACCAGGUGCAAAGGACCGAUAUGACCCCGCAUCACCGUUCAACUCCCUGCCACCAUUUAGCUCUGCACACUCAGGCUUAAGCGACAAAAGUGGUGCUCAUUCGCGCUCAAUGAGCGUACCACCUGUCAAACAAUCUUACAAUCAACAUUCCUUGGCGGAUUAUACAAACCCUUUCGCUUCCAGCUCACCACCGGACGACAAUUUCUUCGAAUCAGACAAUCGUACGAGCUCCCGCGCGGCGCCAUUCAUAAAAACUAAAGCGGAAUUGGCAUCGUCUGUUGCUCCUGGUGAAGGUGUCAGUCGUGCGAUAGCACUCUACGAUUUCAACGCAGUUGAAGCUGGCGACCUUUCUUUCUCUAAAGGGGACGUAAUUAUUAUAACAAAGAAGAGUGAUAGUACCGAUGACUGGUGGACCGGAAAGGUCGGUGGCAAAGAGGGAAUAUUCCCGGCUAAUUUUGUGGAAACUGUAUAA